UUCGAUUUUUACAACUUUAUUUGGACAAUUGACAUUUUUUUCGUGCUAAAUUUGUUCCGUUAUUGGCGUGCCAUAUUGAAUAAAGUACAAAUUCAAUUAGAAAUCUAUCGAAACAAAACGCUGAAUGUCACAAACCAAUACACACACAACAAAUCAUAUGAACAGUGUGUGAGUUCGUUGCUUGUAUAUGAAUUUAACUUGAAUUGAGCGAGAGAAAACACGCAAAGGAGUAUAUUGUCUCAGUUUUCCGCAUGACAUUUGGAACAUGUGCUAAAAAUUUGUACGGAGCACAAACAAAAACAAUCAACGCCAAAAAAAUAUUCAUAAACAAAGAAAUUGGUUUUUGUAGUUGGACAAAAGCAAAGUGUAUUUUUAUGGAAACGUUCAGGAUACCAGUUUUGCUCAGGAAAUUCAUAAACAUCAUGGAGUUAAGUAGUUCGAGCUCGACUAUACGAACGAUAAUAUUGUCUUAGACGUAUAAAAAGAAGAGUAAAUUUCAACAUACAAGAGCUAAAAUUGAAUAACAAAAAUAGAAAGUGAAAAUUUGUUUUGUGGUGUUACGCAAAGCCGCGUUAUUUCCACUAUUUCAGUUUUUGUGCGUUUGUUUUGUAUUUUUCUUUUUCUUUGUAAAAUACGAAGUUUUCGACGUGUUCACUAACUGUAUGUUUUUGUGCAAAAAAAAAAACAGAAGCAUAAAUGAUUAAAGCCGUACAAAAGAAUUUAUGUGAAUUGCCCAAAGCAAAUGAUGUCGCACCGAGCAAAUCAGACGAUUUGACUCUUAAUAAUGGAGACAUCAACACCACUGACGACGAUGAAACCGAUGACUGCAUUUAUGUAUCACCCGACGAAUCUGAAAACGCGCCAAUUAUUAUCGACUCAGACACCGAUGGCGGACGAAAUACGAAUGUUGCACGAACAAAAAAGAAAACAAACCUGGUGGAACGAGCCAAAGUUGUACCAGUUCGACGAAAAUUGAUGUGCUUCUGUACAAGCAUCUACUGUCGAAAUUGUCUAAAUGAAAAUGCACGCAAAAAACUAUUUCAAAUGUAUAUGUGCCAUCCAAUUAUAACGACACAUGUUAAAAUGUGCGAAACAGUUGCAUUGCUCAUUAAUUUACCACAGGACAAGGUUCGUCGAUUAUUUUCACGACUUCAGAACUAUUUGAUAUUGGGUAACGAAGAUCCGACUGUACUUCAAUUGAACAAAGCUCUCAAAGGAUACGAGGGUAACUUUCCACGAAAUUUGGCACCCCUAGAACUUUGCCAAAUCAAGCGAAAACUAUUAAACAGCAAACCCGUUUGGUUUAAUAAGACAUUUUCAACGUGUUGUCGUAUUUUUCGCUAUAAAAUAUCAACACCAAAAUUAAUCAAUUUGCUGAAUGAAACGGGCAAAUUGAAAUUCCGUCGCAUUACGAAUCGCAUUAGUAAAAAAUCCAAAUUGGUUGCAAUUGAGGAGAAGGAAAAUCGACUAGAACGGAUCUCAUACAUUCGUCGAAUUCAAAAGUAUCGCAAAGAGAAUCAACGAAUUAUCUACAUCAAUGCAAUGAUGAUUGGUGAUAAAAUGAUUGUCAUCGCAGCCGGAUUCGAUGGACCCAUUACAAGUGCAUUUAUCACAAGUACAAAUGCAAGCGGCUUUUUAAAAUGGCUAUCGAAAGAUAUUGUCGGCAAUUUGAAAGAGAAAUGCGUUUUUGUACUUGGACCAUCGUGCAAAUUUCGUUGCGAAAAAAGUGUACCACAACAGACCGAUUCCAAGGAUACGAUCAUUACGUGGCUGGAAAAUGAGAAAAUUCCAUACACAAGCGACAUGUACAAGACUGAAUUAUAUGAUUUGAUUUUGCAAAAUACAAACAACUUUCAACCGGCUGAAACUGGUUGCAUUAUCACUGAAUAUCUCGCCAAAAUCAAUCAUAUUGCUUUGCAUAUCCCCGAUGCAAAUCGUGAUCUUGACCCAUUUGAAUACAUUUGGUUUCAGAUAAAGCUACGCAUGAUUGCAAACGGCACGGCUUCGUUCAACAUUAAUGGCCAAUUGACAAGUUUACCUCGUGAUAUUUGGAUUGAGCAAUUUGAACGUGUUUAUUCGAUUGAAAAUGUUUACCUACAAAUUGAAUGCAACAUGGAUCGAACGUUUCGUCGAUUUCGCGUUGAUAACGAUGAUUUUAAAUCAAGCGAAAUAUUAUAUGCAAUUGAUCACGUCUCUUGCUAAUGUUAACCCGUCACAAAUCAAAACAACUGACGCCGAUUCAUUCGUCAGAGUUUUUUUCUAUUUUAAAUAUGAAUAAUAGUCUCUCUUUUUUUUUCGUUUUUAAGUUCAAUAAAUGAUAAUUUUUUUCGA